UUUUAAAAACAUUCGAUUUUUCGUUUCUACUUUUUUGGGGUUUUUGCCGUUUUGCAUCAUCAUCAUCAUCAUCAUCAACCUCCAAUCGUCUAUCUCUAUGUUAGUGUCAUAUUUUCCUUACAACGAAGUUCUUGGAAUUGCAUGUUGCUCGCCGCCUGGGGGGCCUGGCUGAAGAAAGGUCUUAGCUGAAUUGUACAAACAGUGAAGGGGGAGGGAGGUUUGUUUCUUUUACAAGGAACGGUGAUGGCGGCUAAGAAGGCGAGUGAAUCUUUCUCCAAGACCUUAAUUGAGGAAGUUCACAAAUGGGGUUGCAUGAAACAGACAGGGGUGAGCUUGAGGUACAUGAUGGAGUUUGGGUCUAAGCCUACUCAACGAAACUUGUUGAUUUCGGGUCAGUUUCUCCAUAAGGAGCUUCCUAUUAGAAUUGCCCGAAGAGCAAUUGAGCUUGAGAGCCUCCCUUAUGGUCUUUCUGAGAAGCCUGCUGUUUUGAAGGUGAGAGACUGGUAUUUGGAUUCCUUUCGUGACUUAAGAUCUUUUCCCGCGAUCAAGGAUACCAAUGAUGAGAGGGAAUUUACACAAAUGAUUAAGGCUAUCAAGGUGAGACACAACAAUGUGGUCCCUAUGAUGGCUUUGGGGGUUCAACAGUUGAAGAAAGGCAUGGAUCCAAAGAUCGUUUAUGAGGAUCUUGAUGAGAUUCAUCAGUUUCUAGAUAGAUUUUACUUGUCAAGAAUUGGAAUCCGUAUGCUUAUUGGGCAGCAUGUGGAGCUGCAUAACCCUAAUCCUCCUCUGCAUUGUGUGGGCUAUAUACACACAAAAAUGUCUCCGGUGGAGGUGGCUCAAAAUGCUAGUGAGGAUGCUCGCUGUAUUUGUUUGCGGGAGUAUGGUAGUGCUCCUGAAGUUAAUAUCUAUGGUGAUCCCAAAUUUACUUUCCCGUAUGUUCCAACACACUUGCAUCUUAUGGUAUUUGAGUUGGUCAAAAACUCCUUGCGUGCUGUCCAAGAGCGUUAUAUGGAUUUGGAUAGAGUUGUGCCACCUAUUCGAAUAAUAGUUGCUGACGGAAUUGAGGAUGUAACCAUAAAGGUCUCUGAUGAGGGGGGUGGCAUACCAAGAAGCGGUCUUCCCAAGAUUUUCACAUACCUAUACAGCACUGCCAGAAACCCAUUGGACGAGCACUCAGAUCUGGGAACAGCUGAUACAGUAACCAUGGCUGGAUAUGGUUAUGGGCUACCAAUAAGCCGCUUGUAUGCUCGAUAUUUUGGAGGAGAUCUUCAAAUUAUCUCCAUGGAAGGAUAUGGGACUGAUGCAUAUCUUCAUUUGUCUCGUUUGGGAGAUUCACAAGAACCCUUGCCAUGAUUUCAUGAAAUAAGUUCAUGGCAAAAUUAGGGUUUUAGGGAAAUUGUGAUGCAUUUCUAUGGAUUGUGUAAUUUCCAAUAAAUUGGUAUUUGGCUCAUACUACAUUUCAUGUUCUAGCAUCAAUUGUUGCAAAUGGAAAAGUACCCUCCUUUACUGCUUUUAUGAA